AUGCGCCCAGCUCUGUGCCUCCUCCUCGUCAGCCAGACCCUGUACUCCACCACAGUCGCCAUCCAAAACACAUACGACCUCCAGAUCGGCUACAUGGCGACCAUCGUGCCGGGCCUCCCAGACCCUCUGGGCGGACCAGGCUGCGGGCUCUGGGCAGAAAUCACCCUGGUCGGCGACAGCCCCGAGGUCGCUGUCAUGGAUGGUAAGAGCCCGUCGGACGGGUGCCCGGCCGCCGACAUGGCGUUGUUCUGCGGACGGUGGGGGUGCCCGUUCACGAUGACGUUCGAGCAGGUUGUCCAUAUGACAGUGCUGGCGGACAAUGGGGAUGACAAAUCGAUGACCGUCCGCGCGGCUGCGCUCGAGGCGGGAGAGGUCGAUGUUGACAUCAUUCCUUGA